CUUUGGUGAGCUGAGCGCUUGGUGCUUCCGGUGGCGCCGCGUGGGGCUCUUUGGCCUGGAACCCGUCGCCAUGGCGGUGUUUGCUGGCCCGGCCAAGCCGUUCCUGUCGCUAAACCCGCAGGAAGAGGCCAAGUUUCAGAAGGAGGUGGCGCAGGCUCGUCGGCGCGCAACCCAGCGACAGGAGAAAGAAAAACUGACUCCUGGAGUAAUCUACGUGGGCCACUUACCUCCAGCACUCUACGAAACCCAGAUCCGGGCAUAUUUCUCCCAGUUUGGCACUGUUACAAAAUUCAGACUGUCCAGAAGUAAACGGACUGGAAAUAGUAAAGGCUAUGCCUUUGUGGAGUUUGCAUCUGAAGAUGUUGCCAAGAUAGUUGCUGACACGAUGAACAACUACCUUUUUGGUGAAAGACUCUUAAAAUGUCAUUUUAUACCACCUGAAAAAGUACACGAAGAACUUUUUAGAGAGUGGCAUGUUCCAUUUAAAAAGCCAUCAUAUCCAGCAGUGAAACGGUAUAAUCAGAAUCGGACCCUUCUUCAAAAGCUACAGAUGGAGGAGCGAUUUAAAAAGAAGGAAAAAUUACUCAGGAAGAAAUUAGCUAAAAAAGGAAUUGAUUAUGAUUUUCCUUCACUGAUUUUACAUAAAAAGGAGAAAAGAAAUGCUUCAAACACUGGUCUUCAGAAAUCUACAAAUAGCCAGGUCUUAUCAAAGAAGAAGAAGAAGAAAAAGGUUUCAAAGGUUUCACAUACUCCUACCACUCCUGAGAAGACUGUGGAUAGCCAGGGCCCCACACCAGUUUGUACGCCAACAUUUUUGGAGAAACGAAAAUCUGAAGUGGCUAAGAUGAACGUUGAUGAUAAAGAUAAUGAAAUAAUUUUCAAACAGCCCAUACCCAGUGUAAAAGAAGAAACACAAGAGACUCAGACACCUACACGUUCAAGAAAAAAAAGACGAAGGAAAAGCAGUCAGUGAUUCUGAAUGUAUUCUAUUUCUUCUGAAAAAUGUGGUUUUAGUGUGAGGGCUAAUUCUGUGUAUUUAACUAGAUGCAGUGGAGUGCAACCAUUGACAAGAUUCUUAGAGGGAAAACUUGUCAGUUCAAGGCCGUACGGAAAGCAGUCAGUAGCUGCUUACCUGCCCUUGCUGAGAUGCGCGGGUGUCUAGCUUGCCGGAGCCAGGCUCAUGCUGCCUCUUUGUCCUGGUCUCUAGUUUUCUUUGCAGAUUUCAUAGCUGUCUUUAAUUACUCUGCCCGGAUAGAAAAUCACCAUUUACUGCAGCUUUCCUUGUUACCAUCAAAUAAAAAAAAUAAAAUCUUGACCAUCUACAUGGUUCUCUGUUGGGCGUGCACGUUUAACCCAUAAGGGCAUUUCAACGUGUGCUUCAAAUUGAAAGUUAAAUUACAUGGAGAGAGAAGUACAUGUGUGUGAUUAUUUUUACCAUGUUAAGUUAGUUUUUGAUGGGUUAGCAAGAUUUAAUAACCCAUCAUUUUGUCUGUAUCAUGGAUGUGGGAUUGUAUUUCAACAAUCAGUGAUCAGCAAAUAAACUUUCUACAAUUCAUUUGUAUGCA